GUGAGAGAGAGAGGGAGAGCUCACGGGGCGGCAGUGGGCGUGGUGGGAGAGUUUCAUCCUUUAAUAAAUAUCAUCAGCAGAAACAUGUCAUGACUCACAGGAACAUGACACAGCAGCUGACCAUCACUGAGGAACACAGUAGAGAUACUUCAAAAUGUUGACAUUAGGACAGAAGAAAAAUAAGUGUUUUCUCGCCAAAUCUGAAUGAAUCCUGAGUCCUAUCGAGUUUCUGCCUGGUCUUCUUGAGUCAUUUUUAGCCAUUUUGAAACUUUAUGUAGUUUUUUCAGGCCUUGUGUUCUUUGUCAAGUCUUUGUCUUAAACCUAACAUUUAUUUAUGGUGAAAAGAAAAACACAUGAUUUAUGUUUUUUGUAAACUAGAUCUAAACCACUUUAAGUUUGAUUUAUUUUUUGAAUGCGAUGCUUUGGCAGCGUCAGAUGGGUUAGUGGAGCCGGAUCUGAUCUAAUCUUCGACAAAUACCAGUGUGGGUAGUCUGACAUAAAGGGAGAGAUCUGUUUUGUUGCUGUGCAUUGUGAAGCAAGAAAAAACCCUUGUGGUGAGCCCCAGGCUCCGGAUCAAGUGUUAACCAUGCUGCAACCAUCUGACCCCACCUCCAGCACCCUGCAGCUGGUCGCCAAUGACAUGACCGGUAUCAUGGAGAAGCUGGACACCCGUGAGCUGGACCUAGGAGACGGAGAGUACGACACGAUGGACGUCGGCGCCACAGAGCACUUGCCUUUCUCCUCCAUCUUCCACACUGUGGGUUUCAAGGAGCCCGAGGCCAAAGUCUUCCUGCUCGCUCCGAUCACUGCCAAGAUCCUGGAGGUGGAGCGCUUCACCUCAGCUCAGGACCGCUUCAACAUCACCACCCAGAGGAGCGUCAGCAAGUCGAUGCCGGCGGUGUUUAAGAUCGAGAUGAAACACGGCGAGUUCACGUGGCUGGUGAAGAGGAAGGAGAAACACUUCCACGACCUUCACAGGGAACUGAGGACGUACAAGACCUUCAUGCGGCUGCCGCUGCCCACACGCAGUCACACGAUAAAGAGAAACCCGGCGACGAGAGAUGACGCGCGGCACAUGCCGAACCUUCCCAGAGGAGGGGGAGAGGAGCUGGUCAGAGAGGAGCAAGUGUCCAGUCGCAAGAAAUCACUUGAAGAUUACUUGAAUAAGCUGCUGAAGAUGCCCAUGUACAGGAACUACCACGCCCUGAUGGAGUUCAUCGACGUAAGUCAGCUGUCCUUCAUCCAUGACCUUGGACCUAAAGGCCUAGAAGGAAUGGUGCUGAAACGCUCCGGCGGUCACAGGAUUCCCGGGCUGAACUGCUGCGGUCACAGCAAAAUGUGCUACCGCUGGUCCAAGCGCUGGCUGGUGGUGAAGGACUCUUUCCUGCUGUACAUGAAGCCGGACUCUGGUGUCAUCUCGUUCGUGAUGCUGGUGGACACAGAGUUCAGCAUUAAGAUGGACUCCAAAGAAACGGAGACCACACAUGGCGUCCGCAUCGACAGCCUGUCCAGGUCUCUGGUGCUCAAGUGCAGCAGCUACAGACACGCCCGUUGGUGGGGUCAGGCCAUCGAGGGCUUCGUCCACAAGCACGGCGCCGCCUUCCUCACCGAGCACCGCUUCCACUCCUUCGCUAGACAGGAGGAGAAUAUUCCGGCCAAAUGGUAUGUGAAUGGGAAAACAUACAUGGAGGACGUGGCUGAUGCUCUUGAAGAAGCCAAAGAAGAGAUUUUUAUCACCGACUGGUGGUUGAGUCCAGAGAUCUUCCUGAAGAGGCCGGUUGUCGAGGGCAACCGCUGGCGUCUCGACUGCAUCCUGAAACGUAAAGCGCAACAAGGAGUUCGCGUCUUUGUGAUGUUGUAUAAGGAGGUGGAGUUAGCUCUGGGCAUCAACUCUGGUUACAGCAAGAGAACUCUGUUACAUCUGCACCCCAACAUCAAGGUGAUGCGUCACCCCGACCACGUCUCCUCCGCCGUUUACCUGUGGGCUCAUCACGAGAAGCUCGUCGUCAUCGAUCAGUCGGUGGCGUUCGUGGGCGGCAUCGACCUGGCGUACGGUCGCUGGGAUGACUGCGAACAUCGGCUGACGGAUGUCGGAAGUGUGACGCUCUCUCACCUGGAGCAGGCAAGCUCCGCCUCCUCCAGUCAGGCUGCUCCGCCCAACGGCAGAAGCAGCAGCGGCGCCGCUCCCCAGAGCAACGGGAAGAACAUUUUCACUGUGAUGGACUCGGCAGACCAGCCCAAGCUGAAGGGUCAGGGGAAGAUGAAGAGGACGAGGUUCAGCAUCAGGAGACACCUGCAGAAGCACGGCUUGGCGCCCAGUGACAGCGACAGCGACCUAGAGACUGAAGAGAAAACUGGCACGAUGCACAGUCUACGUACCGGUGUGGGAGAGCUGUACGGAAACACGCGGUUCUGGCACGGAAAGGAUUACUGCAACUUUGUGCACAAGGACUGGAUUCAGCUGGACAAACCUUUUGAUGACUUCAUCGACAGACACAUGACUCCCAGAAUGCCUUGGCAUGACAUCUCCUCAGUUGUUCAUGGAAGUGCUGCUCGCGAUGUGGCCAGACACUUCAUCCAGCGGUGGAAUUUCACCAAGCUGAUGAAGCCAAAGUAUCGCUCUCAGUCAUUCCCGUAUCUGUUGCCCAAAUCUCACACCACGGCUGGAGAACAGCGCUACCAGGUCCCCAACUCUGUCCCCACCAAAGUUCAGAUCCUUCGUUCGGCUGCAGACUGGUCCGCCGGCAUCAAACACCACGAGGAGUCCAUUCACAAUGCGUAUGUGGAUGUCAUCAAGAACAGCCAGCACUUCAUCUACAUCGAGAAUCAAUUCUUCAUCAGUUGUGCAGACAACAGACAUGUUUUCAACAAGAUAGGGGACGCUAUUGCUGAACGCAUCAUCAGAGCGCACAGCGAGGGAAAAAGGUACCGGGUGUACGUGGUGACGCCACUGCUGCCGGGUUUUGAAGGAGACAUCAACACAGGAGGAGGCACCGCCAUCCAGGCUGUCAUGCACUUCAACUAUCGGACCAUGAACAGAGGAGAUCACUCCAUCAUCUCACAGCUGCGCAGAGAGAUGGGAGAUCAGUGGAUUAACUACAUCUCCAUCACUGGUCUGCGAACGUACGCGGAGCUGGAGGGUAAACUGGUCACUGAGCUCAUCUAUGUCCACAGCAAGAUGCUCAUCGCCGACGACAACACCGUCAUCAUUGGCUCUGCCAACAUCAACGACAGGAGCAUGCUGGGAAAGAGGGACAGCGAGGUGGCCGUGAUUGUGGAGGACUCGGAGACGGUCGCCGCAGUGAUGGACGGUCAGCCAUACCAGGCCGGACGCUACGCUCUGCAGCUCCGCCUCGAGUGUUUCAGGACAAUCCUCGGCGGUCACACGGACUCGUCCAUCGACGUCUCUGACCCCGUCAGCGAUCAGUUCUAUAAGGAAGUGUGGAUGGCCACGUGUGCUCGCAAUGCCACCAUUUUCCAGAAGGUUUUCCGUUGUCUGCCGUCCAGCGACGUCCGUAACAUCCUGGAGCUGGAAGGCUUCCUGGCCAAGGCAGGUCUGGACAAGGAGGACCCGGUCCGAGCCCGCGAAGAGCUGAAGAAGAUCCGCGGUUUCCUGGUCCAGUUUCCUCUUCAGUUCCUGUGCGAGCAGAACCUGCUUCCUCCCAUCGGCUCCAAGGAGGCCAUGGCACCCAUGGAGCUCUGGACCUGAGUCUGGACCUAAGUCUGGACCUGAGUCUGGACCUCUGCUGCCAACGUUCAUCACAUGGAAGGUUCUUCAGGUGGAACCUGGAGCCAUUUUGGAGGUUUAAUCCGACUCUGAUCAAUCGUUAAACCCAGAAUUUACUGAAAAACAACUGUUGUUUACAUCGUCGUCGUCGUAAUCUGAAUUUGUCGCAUUUACAAUGACUGACUGUGAGAAAAAAGACAUAAAAUCUAUUCAUGUUUAGCGGAUAAAACAUAAGAAAACUGCGUGAUGAGAUUAUUCUUGACUAAGAACGUCAGAAAAAAGAGUUUCCUUUUAGAAAGUCGCAGAAUUUGUAUUCUUUUAACUCUCGCUUUACUCCAAAAAUCAGAAAACACUUACAGUUACUUAAGGCAACAGCAUUGCGAAAACGUACGAAUACAGUGUCACUUGUUCCCGUCGAUGACAGAUUUUAAAGACAACAAACAUCGUGAGUACUCACACUCUCCCUGGUGUUUAUGUGAGUAAUAAAUUUAUCUUUCGACCCAAACCAGAUUUUUAAACGUUAAAAACAUUCCGCGAAACACUUUGUUUUUAUAUUUGAAAACUUCAGAACAUCCAAACUAUGUAUUUAAUUUAAUCGUAUGUCAAAUUUACGUUCUCCAAUGUUUACAAAGUACUAAUCCAGUCAUUCUAUUAGGUCUGAGUUCAGUGGUGUCGCCUCCUAGUGGAAUACUCCAGUGACACAGGUGCAUGAACACAGGUGCAGGUAGGCGAGGAGGCGGGGGCUAAACAGGAAGUAGAACUCUUGCUGCCAUGUAGCGGCAAAAAGAACCUCCAAAAUGGCAUCCACUGUGAGGAAGACUCUGCAGCACUACUGCCACCCAGUGGACACAAAUAACAUGACACUCAAUCACACACACACACACACAUACAUGGUGCAACAUGACGAGUCGACCAGCAGAGGGAGCGGUGAGCUCCACAGUGCCUGAAGACAACGGCUUCACGUUUACGCAAACAUAAAAAUAAAUUAAUGACUAAAGACACUGAAGUGAUUGAUGGACUGUGACUCCGCCUCCUCCUCUGACUCUAAUUCUGCCUCCUUUGACAACACUAUGCAAAUGUGCGGAGGGUCAGUGAACGCAGCACGGGCUCUUCUGUGUUCGGUUUGAAGAAGAAGACACUAAAACAGAGACAAGAAGAGUGGAGCUGAGGAUGAGGAGCUGCGUCUCUGCUCCGAGCCACUGCCGCUUUUUAACGUGGAGCAGAAAAAUCACGAGUGCCAAAGAAGAUAUUUAGCACUCUCACGUUAGCGCUCUCACAUUCCUCAACACAGUCAGCCUUAAGCCAUGCCUUCUUUAUUUUUUAUCUACAUUUAAAAUGAAUUCAUUGAUUCAUUAUUUUUUUAUAUGUGGUUUUAUCUUCAGCUUGUCAUUUUUAAGCUGCAUUACCUGUUUUUUCCUUUUGGUGGCAGCACAUAUCACUUUGUAAAGAUGACGUUUCCUUUGUUACAAGUUCGUAGUGUCACUUUAAAUCAAUAUUUAUAUUUUUAAAUGUGGAGUUUGUCGAUCUUUGAAAGGUGAUAAUGUCAGUGAACCAGUUAAUACAGAAUAAAGUCAUAGUUCAUGUUUUUGUUUGUUUUUUAAAUAAGUGUGGUUCUA